AUGAACAUCGCUCACACCAUCUUCGGCGUUUUCGGAAAUGCAACUGCUCUGUUUCUCUUCUUGUCUCCUUCGAUAACAUUCAAGAGAAUCAUCAAGAACAAAUCUACCGAACAAUUCUCUGGCAUUCCUUACCCUAUGACUCUCCUCAACUGUCUCCUCUCCGCCUGGUACGGACUUCCCUUUGUGUCAAAAGACAACACACUUGUGAGCACAAUCAAUGGAACAGGAGCAGUCAUCGAAACAAUCUACGUCUUGAUCUUCCUCUUCUACGCACCAAAGAAAGAAAAAGCUAAGAUCUUUGGUGUCUUCACUUGCGUAUUGACUGUAUUCGCAACGGUGGCUCUCGUCUCUCUUUUUGCCCUCCAUGGAAACGCAAGAAAACUCUUCUGUGGUAUUGCAGCCACUGUUUUCUCCAUCAUCAUGUACGCUUCUCCACUCUCAAUCAUGAGAUUGGUGAUAAAGACGAAGAGUGUAGAGUACAUGCCAUUCUUCUUGUCUCUCUUUGUGUUCCUCUGUGGUACGUCGUGGUUCGUCUAUGGUCUUAUCGGUCGUGACCCUUUUGUUGCAAUCCCAAAUGGGUUUGGAUGUGCAUUAGGGACACUGCAAUUGAUUCUCUACUUCAUAUACUGUGGAAACAAAGGCGAGAAGAAAUCUGCAGAUGCUGAAAUAGAUGAGAAAUCUGUGGAGAUGAAAGUUGAAGAGAAGCAGAGUGUGGUUAAUGGAAAGCAAGACCUGCAAGUUUGA